AUGAACCCACACCAGCCGUCGACAAUCAAAAGAUCGCCAGACGGUCGCCAUAUGUGGUGUGUGAUUUGCGUUCGCAGACCGUAGAAAUCCACUGCGGCCACGUUCAGUACAUUCCUAUCGGCGACCACAGCAAAACUGGCCAAACCUCGAACAACACCAUCGUUUACUGUCUAUCCAGUUCGUCCAACUACACCAAUGGGCGAUUUGAUUACGUCAACAAUGAAGGCCUCUGAAGCUGCGGAUUUCCCAAGAACGGCAUUAAUCAGCAUUGCGUCUGUAUCGGUGAUCAUGCAGGGUUAUACGUCCAUCGCACCGGAACUGUCACCACCGCUAGGAGUUGACCAUGCCACUCAACCUUUACUGGGAAGGCCAGCCCCACAGAUGAACGGAAAUGGCUACCAAUCAAUGAAAGGAGCCAUAAUAACUAAUGGAAAUGGGAUGAAUGGACAUGCAAAAAACGGUGUAGGUGGAGGAGGUAAAAAAGAUUUUAAAGAGUGGUAUGUCUAGGU